AUGUGUCUAGGAAAUUAUAUUACUUUAUCUAUAUCUUCACCAAGUGCACAUUUCCAAAAUUACACUAGCUUAACGCAAUGCCCAGGAUCGACAACACAUCCUCGGACAUUUACAAGUUUAUAUACUGUAUCAGAUCCGAUUAUUGUCAAUCAGAAUGGAAGCUCUUCCUUUGAAGUCAUCGGCAUUGGUACAACGACUGUUCCUGUAGUUCUAAGUACUUUAUACGAAAGCGUUCCUAUGGUUGGUAUCUUACUUGAAGCGAUUGUGAGUUUCAUGGCAUUACAACAAACGACCGAAACUUAUAUGAGUAGCUCCCUUGAAAAUGACGUCCUUUUGGAAUAUGAAAGACUCGUUUCUAACAUUGACAGAUUAAAUCAAACUAUCACUCGUUUGAAUACCACCGACGUCCUUGUCCUUAUCGACAGGCUUCGUGCACUUGAGAAAAAAGUAGGAUUGGUUUAUACUUUGUUCAAGGCUUCAGUAUAUUCAUUAGUCACCGCAGACCAGUAG